UGAGCAAGAACGACAAAGAGAUCAUUACCUUCUGCUUCAACACAGCCAGAGAGAGAGAGAACCCUGAACCCAAGGACUCAACUCAACUCAAAGAGACACUACUUAACACUUUUGAAACAGCAGAUAUUUUUGAUCUUUCUCCACUUUACAAGAAGAUGACUAAUAUGUCAGAGAGAGUGCUUUUUCUCUUCUUUACAGCACAGGUGUUUACACUGGCCCUGUCCCAGGUGUGUCCUCGGAGGUGCCAGUGUCCUAAAGAGCCCCCCAUGUGUCCCCCUGGGGUGCCCCUGGUCCUGGAUGACUGCGUCUGCUGUCUGGUAUGUGCCCGUGAGAAGGGGCAGGUGUGCUCUGAGAUGCACCCCUGUGACACACGGAAAGGGCUGCAGUGUGCAUACAGCACAGACAUCCACAAGAGGACCGGCAUCUGCGUCGCUCAUGAGGGACUUGUGUGUGUGUUGGAUGGUUCUGUCUAUCAAAAUGGUCAGACCUUCUUCCCCAGCUGCAAAUACCAGUGUAUGUGUCGAGACGGGCAGAUUGCCUGUGUGCCACGCUGCAAUGUGGAUGUGAUGUUGCCGGGGCCAGACUGCCCCAUGCCACGCAGAGUGCAGGUGCCAGGAGAGUGCUGCGAGAAGUGGGUGUGUGAGCCCCUGGCUGAGGCCAGUGCACUUGGAGGCUUUGCAAUGGCAGCUUAUCGUCAAGAGGAAAGCGUGAGCUUCGACAAUUGGGACCCCAGCCUGAACUGCAUUGAACAGACCACAGAGUGGGGUGCCUGCUCUCAGACCUGUGGCAUGGGGGUGUCCACCAGAGUCACCAAUAAGAACAGCCGGUGUGAAAUGGUGAAACAGAGCCGAUUGUGUAUGAUCAGACCAUGUGACGACCAGCAGGACCAGACUCAGCUGGCACUGCUUGCACCAAAGAGAGGCAGUAAGUGCCAAAGGAUGGUGAGGAGUGUCAAAGCUGUCCACCUCUCCUAUAAGACCUGCACCAGUGUACAGGCCUACAAGCCUCGCUACUGUGGCUCCUGCACAGAUGGCCGCUGCUGCACCCCCCACAGAACCAAGACCGCACUGGUGGAGUUUAAAUGUAACGGUAAAACCACCAGGAAGCCAGUGAUGGCCAUCCUGACCUGUGCCUGCCACAGCCACUGCCCCCGAGACAACGCCGUUUGGCUGCCAUCAGAGCUGGGCUACAGUGGCAUGAGGUUAUAGGCCAUUAGAAAAACUCCAUAUAUAACAGGAGGUCAAGAUUUAAAUGAAUGACCCCUUCUGUACAUCCAGGACAACACGAGUUAUAUUAACUCUUAAUUUUAUGAUCAUGAAAACCUACAAUCUUACCACAUUCACUUAUAUCAUAUUGACCAGAAAAUUUGACUGUAUCUGCUCGUUCAGGUCAAAAUUGUAUGUCUAUUUUAUAAAGUGAGAAUCCUCUUUUGAGGUUAAGAUAGUAGAGAAUUAAAUAUCUCUGUAUGUCUCUCCUGGAGAGGGAUUUCAUUGUGUAACAUCCUGUGGACUAAUAAAAGUCAUCUGCAAUAUUAAAAGUAGAAAUAAAGCACUUAAACCUUGUGAUAUAUACAUACAGGGUAGAAACUUUUGUCAAUCAUUCGUUACAGACUUCAGUUAUUAAGAGGUGGUUUUACAUACUUAGCUCACAUUUUGAGAAUGAAGGCUUUGGCAGUGCAACAACCUUAAGGAGACAUCUUCUUUCUCAAUACAUUUAAACAUACUGUAUACUCAGACACAAUCAAAGAUAAUAUAUAGAUUGUAUAAACAAACUGUAAUCCGGUUGAAAUCAAUAAAAUAUAAGAAGCAUUUUAUUAACUGUUACCUUUCACCUUAUCUGCUACAGAAAUCUCUCAUCUACAGGACACAUUUUUGAAAUGUUCUGGACUAUGUACUUUGACCUCGUCCAAACAGGCUCAGUCUAUGACAAGACAAGACACUGUGGUGACUUUGUGCCACUUCUAACAUCUGCCUGAAAGCUUACAACCUUGUUGUAAAAUGCAAAAUGUCUAUUACCCUCAUUAUGUAGAAAAGUAGAAAAGUAGUGCACCUGAACAACAGGUGUUUUUAUAAUGACAAAGUUUUGUAAAUACUUGCUGUAUAGUUUGACUGAGUGUGUAUCAAAUACACAACUUUUGAAGAGUCAUGUAAACAUGAAUGUGUAUAUAUUGGAAUGUGGUUUUGUUUUGUUUACUACUUGAAUUAUACUCCAAACUGCCUUUUCCUGUAUCUGCCUGGAUUAUCCUAAAAAACUCAACAUUUCAAAAUAAACGUGUAUUUUACU